AUGGAGUCGGGAUUUCCAAUUAAGAGUUUGUCGGACAUGACGCGGAAGCUCUCACAAAGGCUUGGCUUGAAGGAGCGCCUGGGGUUGCAUUAUUGUGCUCUAAUUAUAGAUCUACUCGCCAAGAUUGAAUUGCCUACUAUAAAUGACGAAAAAAUUAUUUAUAUUAUCGCGCCUUUUCCCGAAGAGUUGUGGACAGAAGAGCUGUUCAAUUUGGCGUACAAUCUGAACCAGUUCAACAAUCCAACUAUCAAGUUCUUGGAGAAACUUCACACGAAGAUCGUUUUGAAGGCAGAUAAGUCCGGGAAGAUAUUAGUUAAGAAUGCAAGUCAAGCUUCGAGCUUUACCUGUGUAGAUAAAAUAUUUGGCAACGACAAAGCAGUCGCACAGAUAACAAUCGAAACUAGUUUGCUAAAGUUUGCCAAAUUGGCGUUUGAAAUUGCACUGUAUAAACUGCAGCCACUCCUGGCUUUGCACUGCUGUUGA